GUAAACAGAAAACACCUUAAAACUCAGGGCUGGGCAAGCAGGAGUCAGGAGAGGGACUAUGAUGACAUCGGCAGUACUGGUGGACAUCCAGGAGGAGGUGACCUGCCCCAUCUGCCUGGAGCUCCUGACAGAACCCCUAAGCAUAGACUGUGGCCACAGCUUCUGCCAAGCCUGCAUCACAGCCAAUAAAGAAUCAGUAAUCAACCAAGACGGGGUGAGCAACUGCCCGGUGUGCCAGACCACCUACCAGCCCAGGAACCUCCGCCCUAAUCGGCACCGCAACAUAGCGGACAGACUCAGAGAGGUGGUGCUGAGCUCCGGGAAGCAGCUGAUGGCGAUUCUCUGCGAGCAACACGGAGAGAAACUCCAGCUAUUCUGUAAGGAGGACGGGAAAGUCAUUUGCUGGCUAUGCGAACGGUCUCAGGAGCACCGUGGUCACCAGACCUUCCUCAUGGAGGAGGUUGCCCAGGAGUACCAGGAGAAGUUUCGGGAAUCUUUGAGGAAGCUGAGGCAAGAGCAGCAGGAAGCAGAGAAACUUAACACUGUUAUCAGAGAGAAGAGAAUAUCUUGGAAGAACCAGGUGGAGCCGGAGAGACACAGGAUCCAGAAAGAGUUUAGUAAGUUGAGAAGCAUCCUGGACAAGGAGGAACAGCGGCAACUGAGAAAACUGGAGGAAGAAGAGAGGAAAGGGCUGAGUAUUAUAGAAAAGGCCGAGGACGAGCUGAUCCGGCAGACUGUCACUGGAGAACUGGUCUCAGAUCUGGAGCGACGGUGUCAGGGGUCAACAAUGGAUCUGCUGCAGGAUGUGAGUGAUGUCACGAAAAGGAGUGAGGACUGGACCCUGAAGAAGCCAGAAGCUCUCCCCACCAAGCUAAAGACUGGAUUUCGAGCCCCAAAUCUGAAAAAGAUGCUGCGAGUUUUUAAAGAGUUGACAGAUGUUCAGAGCUACUGGGUGGACGUAACUCUGAAUCCACACACAGCUACUUUAAAUCUCGUGCUGUCUAAAAACCGGAGGCAGGUGAGGUAUGUGGGUGGUGAGCUGUCGGGGUCUCCUCUGGAAGAACAUUAUGAAUGCAGUGUCCUCGGCUCUCAGCACUUCUCCUCGGGAAAGCAUUACUGGGAGGUAGACGUGGCCAAGAAGACGGACUGGAUCCUGGUGUGCAGCUACUCGGUGGGACCAUUCUCUUUCAAUCAGUUUGCGCACAAUCGGAACGUUUACUCCAGAUACCAACCUCAGAGUGGCUUCUGGGUGAUCGGUCUACAUCAUAGACAUGAAUACCGCGCCUAUGAGGACUCUUCCACCUCCCUGCUCCUCUCCAUGACUGUGCCCCCUCGCCGUGUGGGCGUGUUCUUAGACUAUGAGGCCGGCACUGUCUCCUUUUAUAAUGUCACUAACAAUGGAUUCCCCAUCUACACCUUCUCUAAAUAUUACUUUCCUACCUCCCUUUGUCCAUAUUUUAAUCCUUGCAACUGUGUAGUCCCCAUCACCUUGCGUCGCCCAAGCUCUUGAAUAUUCUGCUGUCUCCACUCACGUCUGAGCGGCGCCUUUGACCCCAAAGCUCAUCUGAACCUCAGACUCUCCUUCCUGAUCUGCUUUUCUGCAUCCUCACUCCUUUCCCUUUGAACACUUACUCAGUGCUGGGAUGUAUAUGCAGCGAUGAUAGUAAACGUCCUUGACUAAACUAUACAUCCAGAGGUGAGUGAGAGGUGCCUUUGGACAUUUUACCAUUAAGUUUGGUAUUUGAUGGAGGAUUUUUGUUGUUAUUAAUAUGUGAGUUCAAAUUUAGGAUGUGUUCUUAUGUUCAUUUGUUGUAAGUUUCGGUACCAAAUGGAAAAUUGAAUUUCAACAGAUUGUCCCUGUAUCUAUUGAGAUAAAUAAUCUAAGUCAUUUUUUUUUCUAUUAUUGGAAUACAUCAAUUUGUUUCAGUUGUUAAAUCUAACACAAUUUUCUGAAGUAAACCACUGUUAUUUUACAUGUGUAAUACUGGAUAUGUAUUUGCAAAUAAGUUGUUUAUGUUUUAUUUUCCUCUCUAUGCAAGAAAUAGACCUGUAACUUGAUAUUAUUGUAAUAUCUUUGUCAGGUUUUAUAAAAUGCAAUGAGUAAAGAAAUUGCUGUAUUUUUGUAAGUAUAUAUAGGAUUGAAUGCUAAAAACCAUUAUAAGGUGGCUUAAAAUUCAAAUUAAAGGAAAAGAGUCUAAUAUUAGUCCUGAAUACAACCUUUGUAGAUCUAAAAAUCUAAGGGAAGUAAUUGAAAAAAACA